AUGUCUGUGCCUUUCUCAAACACUCACCUUCGGGUUCCACGUGGGUUUGGCAAUCUCUUGGAGGGGUUGGCUCGAGAGGUCCUGCGAGACCAGCCCAAAGACAUCCCCACCUUUGCUGCACUUUACUUCACUGCUCUUCUCAAAGAGAGAGAAGGUAGCUAUAUUUUUUAAAUGUAUUAUACAAAGAAUUAAUGGACAGUCAGAAGGAAACUGUACUUUGAUGUUAACUUAUUAGACCCUAUGUCAUUUUCUCUUUAGAGAGUGGCUUGGACCCCGCAGAGUGGUGUGCCAGGCUUGAGGACAGAUUCUACAACAAUCAUGCAUUCAAGGUCAACUUUCUUUCAUCAUAAAUAGUUAUAUCAAACUAGAAAUGUACAUUUCCUUAAGAAAAUGUGGUGUGCUUGCUAGCUUGUUUUAAAGUAUUUGUGGUUUUGAAAUAAAUUAUAAUAGUGGUAGUGACUGCAGUAGUAAUGGUAGUGACUGGUUAUACAGUGGGGGAAAAAAGUAUUUAGUCAGCCACCAAUUGUGCAAGUUUUCCCACUUAAAAAGAUGAGAGAGGCCUGUAAUUUUCAUCAUAGGUACACGUCAACUAUGACAGACAAAUUGAGAAAAAGAAUUCCAGAAAAUCACAUCGUAGGAUUUUUAAUGAAUUUAUUUGCAAAUUAUGGUGGAAAAUACGUAUUUGGUCACCUACAAACAAGCAAGAUUUCUGGCUCUCACAGACCUGUAACUUCCUCUUUAAGAGGCUCCUCUGUACUCCACUCGUUACCUGUAUUAAUGGCACCUGUUUGAACUUGUUAUCAGUAUAAAAGACACCUGUCCACAACCUCAAACAGUCACACUCCAAACUCCACUAUGGCCAAGACCAAAGAGCUGUCAAAGGACACCAGAAACAAAAUUGUAGACCUGCACCAGGCUGGGAAGACUGAAUCUACAAUAGGUAAGCAGCUUGGUUUGAAGAAAUCAACUGUGGGAGCAAUUAUUAGGAAGUGGAAGACAUACAAGACCACUGAUAAUCUCCCUCGAUCUGGGGCUCCACGCAAGAUCUCACCCCGUGGGGUCAAAAUGAUCACAAGAACGGUGAGCAAAAAUCCCAGAACCACACGGGGGGACCUAGUGAAUGACCUGCAGAGAGCUGGGACCAAAGUAACAAAGCCUACCAUCAGUAACACACUACGCCGCCAGGGACUCAAAUCCUGCAGUGCCAGACGUAUCCCCCUGCUUAAGCCAGUACAUGUCCAGGCCCGUCUGAAGUUUGCUAGAGUGCAUUUGGAUGAUCCAGAAGAGGAUUGGGAGAAUGUAAUAUGGUCAGAUGAAACCAAAAUAGAACUUUUUGGUAAAAACUCAACUCGUCGUGUAUGGAGGACAAAGAAUGCUGAGUUGCAUCCAAAGAACACCAUACCUACUGUGAAGCAUGGGGGUGGAAACAUCAUGCUUUGGGGCUGUUUUUCUGCAAAGGGACCAGGACGACUGAUCCGUGUAAAGGAAAGAAUGAAUGGGGCCAUGUAUCGUGAGAUUUUGAGUGAAAACCUCCUUCCAUCAGCAAGGGCAUUGAAGAUGAAACGUGGCUGGGUCUUUCAGCAUGACAAUGAUCCCAAACACACCGCCCGGGCAACGAAGGAGUGGCUUCGUAAGAAGCAUUUCAAGGUCCUGGAGUGGCCUAGCCAGUCUCCAGAUCUCAACCCCAUAGAAAAUCUUUGGAGGGAGUUGAAAGUCUGUGUUGCCCAGCGACAGCCCCAAAACAUCACUGCUCUAGAGGAGAUCUGCAUGGAGGAAUGGGCCAAAAUACCAGCAACAGUGUGUGAAAACCUUAUGAAGACUUACAGAAAACGUUUGACCUGUGUCAUUGCCAACAAAGGGUAUAUAACAAAGUAUUGAGAAACUUUUGUUAUUGACCAAAUACUUAUUUUCCACCAUAAUUUGCAAAUAAAUUCAUUAAAAAUCCUACAAUGUGAUUUUCUGGAAUUUAUUUUCUCAUUUUGUCUGUCAUAGUUGACGUGUACCUAUGAUGAAAAUUACAGGCCUCUCUCAUCUUUUUAAGUGGGAGAACUUGCACAAUAUGUGGCUGACUAAAUACUUUUUUUCCCCACUGUAGUUGAAAAAGUAGUUAAAUGUAAAAAUGUAUUGAUUGAUUGGAUAAUUGAUAGAUUGAUUGGAUAGGAUAGCCUGAACACGUAAAAGUUGGUUUGGUGCUCCUCUAGCUUGAAUGGUUCAGGAGUUACUGUUGGUGGGUUAUAUAUUACGCAAAUUUAUAUAGUUAUAGUUGAUAAAAGUUUUUAAGAAUUGAAAGUUAGGAUAGCCUGAACAUGUGAAAGCUGGUUUGGUGUCUCUAGGCUGAACGGUUCAAGAGUUUGUGAGUUAUAUUAUGCUAAUUUAUGCUAAUUGAUGCCCAUUUAUGUAGUUAUAGUUGAUAAAGGUUUUUUUUUUCAUCCUUUUUUUGUUCUUUUGAUAAAGGUUUUAGAGAAUUUGAAGUUAGGAUUGCCUGAACAUUUUAAAGUUGGUAUUGUAGCUUAAUUAACCAAGGAGCAGGACCAUUUUGAAUAGCAACCACUGUAUUCCUAUGGUUCUGAUUCAAACCCAUGUUAAGUUAUGCACGUUUUAAAUGGUUAUAGUUCCAAAAGUAUACAUAGUAUCAAAUAUCCUUUGACAAGCAAUUUAAGUUGAGCCAGUCUGAACAUCUCAACAUUGGUUUGAUGUUGAUAGCUUAAAUGUGUAGGAGGAGAUAGGUCUAGUUUUAUUUACCAUUCAAGUGUAUGGGCCUUUUAUUGGGAGCUCAUUUAAAUAUUGUUAUACUUCAAAAAGUAUAAAUGCUAUCAAAGAUCAUUUCUGAAGCAAUCCAACUUGGGGCAGUCGUUUAAGCUCUUGAGUUGGGUAAAUUAAUCAAAUAAUAAUAUGAGUAUGUAAGAAAUCUAGAGUUGUGCUUUGCUUCGCAAGUACAUCUAAAUAUGAUACUGACUGGCGUUGAAUGUUAAAUAUUUUCUUGCAGUAUAAAUAAUGCUAAAUUGUCUGUAUUCUGCUCAAAACAGAACUCACCGAAUCAAGUCAACACCAGUCCAGCUGAUGCAACUCUGAAGAUUUCUGAGUGAGUCUCAUCUCAGUACAUUAUCUACACACUAGAGGAGGGACAGCAUCAGACAGCUUUUUCCCCACAAAUUUAAUUGAAAGAAAAGGACAAGAGAAACCAAGAAAAUAAAUUUGGCUCAAUUGUAGUGUUGUUUUAUUGAUCAUUAUGAAUGAUUAUUCCAGUUAACAUAAGGGUAUUUGCCAUAGUAAAAAACAAAAAAUCAUGAUGAAUGAACAGGUACAGUAGGCCUAAGUUGCUUUUGGUUAGCAAAGACACACACAAACCUUGUGGAAAAUAUAGAUGAGGAAAGGAAAUAUGUUCAUCAUGGUGUCCUGACAGGACACCAAUGGUUCGUUCCACGAAAAGAGUGCCUUUUGCAUCCCUUUGAUAUUUUAAGUAGAAAUUGUGCACCAAUAUCUUAUUUUAAAAGCCUGUGAUACAGUAUUAAUUGAAGUUCCCUUUAAUAUAGACCACAUGGAGAAUUCAAUAAAUCCGUUUUUUUUUAAUGAAUAAAGCCUUGCUAAAGUGCCAAAAUUCAGCAUUUUGAAAACUCUGUCAACCCUGUGUCACUUAUAGGAAGUUUUAACCCACUUAACCCCAAAAUGUCUCCAAGUUUUCACCACAAUUGUAAAUCCCUAGUUAUUGUGUUGCUUUGACAGUCAUUUCUGAAGAUUAUGAUUUAUUUAAUGUGAUUAAUGAUUCAUUUACAUCUGCCCCUCCUUUUAAGGUCAACCCUGAUACAUGAACUGAACUCUCGUUUUAAUAUGGUGAAACCAUUCCUUUAAAAGUGUUUUCUUCAAAAGAAACAUGAAACAUGAGUGUAACCAUAUGUAAUAGCAGGCAUUUUCUGGUGUUUUGUGGUUAAACUGAGCAUGUCGCGCAUAACAUGGCAACCCAGUUACCCACAGAUCGACAGGCAAGAAAUGUUUUAACAAUUAAAAUGUUUUUGUAAAGCUUACAUUCAGUUGCUACUCAAUGUUGCACACAAAAAGUGUAUUUCCCCCUGUCGCAACAGGAUUUAUGGCUGAUUUAAGAUUAAAUCGUCAACCCUGUUACGGUCAACCCUGUUACUUAAUUUAGCACUUACAGUGGCUUGCGAAAGUAUUGCGAAAGAUUUUUGGGGGGUUUGUAUCAUUUGAUUUACACAACAUGCCUACCACUUUGUAGAUGCAAAAUAAUUUUUUGGGUGAAUCAAACAAGAAAUAAGACAAAAAAACUGAAAACUUGAGCGUGCAUAACUAUUCACCCCCCCAAAGCCAUUUGCUUACCUUUUGCAGCAAUUACAGCUGCAAGUCUCUUGAAGUAUGUCUCUAUAAGCUUGGCACAUCUAGCCACUGGGAUUUUUGCCAAUUCUUCAAGGCAAAACUGCUCCAGCUCCUUCAAGUUUUUAUUUUUUUAUUUUUUUUAUUUAACCUUUAUUUAACCAGGUAAGCCAGUUGAGAACAAGUUCUCAUUUACAACUGCGAUCUGGCCAAGAUAAAGCAAAGCAGUGCAAUAAAAAACAACAACACAGAGUUACAUAUGGGGUAAAACAAAACAUAAAGUCAAAAAUACAACAGAAAAUAUAUAUAUACACUGUGUGCAAAUGUUGCAAGUUAUGGAGGUAAGGCAAUAAAUAGGCCAUAGUGCAAAAUAAUUACAAUUAGUAUUAACACUGGAAUGAUAGAUGUGCAAGAGAUGAUGUGCAAAUAGAGAUACUGGGGUGCAAAUGAGCAAAAUAAAUAACAAUAUGAGGAUGAGGUAGUUGGGUGGGCUAAUUUCAGAUGGGCUGUGUACAGGUGCAGUGAUCGGUAAGGUGCUCUGACAACUGAUGCUUAAAGUUAGUGAGGGAGAUAAGAGUCUCCAGCUUCAGAGAUUUUUGCAAUUCGUUCCAGUCAUUGGCAGCAGAGAACUGGAAGGAAUGGCGGCCAAAGGAGGUGUUGGCUUUGGGGAUGACCAGUGAGAUAUACCUGCUGGAGCGCAUUCUACGGAUGGAUGUUGCUAUGGUGACCAAUGAGCUAAGAACACGACUGCACUGCUACGCCAUCAGUUGGAUGGGUUCUGCAGGUGUACAGCAAUCUUUAAGUCAUACCACAGAUUCUCAAUUGGAUUGAGGUCUGGGCUUUGACUAGGCCAUUCCAAGACAUUUAAAUGUUUCCCCUUAAACCCCUUGAGUAUGCUUAGGGUCAUUGUCCUGCUGGAAGGUGAACCUCCGUCCCAGUCUCAAAUCUCUGGAAGACUGAAACAGGUUUCCCUCAAGAAUUUCCCUGUAUUUAGCGCCAUCCAUUAUUCCUUCAAUUCUGACCAGUUUCCCAGUCCCUGCCGAUGAAAAACAUCCCCAAAGCAUGAUGCUGCCACCACCAUGCUUCACUGUGGGGAUGGUGUUCUCGGGGUGAUGAGAGGUGUUGGGUUUGCGCCAGACAUAGCGUUUUCCUUGAUGGCCAGAAAGCUCAAUUUUAGUCUCAUCUGACCAGAGUACCUUCUUCCAUAUGUUUGGGGAGUCUCCCACAUGCCUUUUGGCGAACGCCAAACGUGUUUGCUUAUUUUUUUCUUUACUUUAAGCAAUGGCUUUUUUCUGGCCACUCUUCUGUAAAGCCCAGCUCUGUGGAGUGUACGGCUUAAAGUUGUCCUAUGGACAGAUACUCCAAUCUCCGCUGUGGAGCUUUGCAGCUCCUUCAGGGUUAUCUUUGGUAUCUUUGUUGCCUCUCUGAUUAAUGCCCUCCUUGCCUGGUCCGUGAGUUUUGGUGGGCGGCCCUCUCUUGGCAGGUUUUUUGUGGUGCCAUAUUCUUUCAAUUUUUUAAUAAUGGAUUUAAUGGUGCUCCGUGGGAUGUUCAAUGUUUCAGAUAUUUUUUUAGAACCCAACCCUGAUCUGUACUUCUCCACAACUUUGUCCCUGACCUGUUUGGAGAGCUCCUUGGUCUUCAUGGUGCCGCUUGCUUGGUGGUGCCACUUGCUUAGUGGUGUUGCAGACUCUGGGGCCUUUCAGAACAGGUGUAUAUAUACUGAGAUCAUGUGACAGAUCAUGUGACACUUAGAUUGCACACAGGUGGGCUUUAUUUAACUAAUUAUGUGACUUCUGAAGGUAAUUGGUUGCACCAGAUCUUAUUUAGGGGAUUCAUAGCAACGGGGGUGAAUACAUAUGCACACACCACUUUUCCGUUAUUUAUUAAUUUUUUUAUAAGUAAUUUUUUUCAUUUCACUUCACCAAUUUGGACUAUUUUGUGUAUGUCCAUUACAUGAAAUCUAAAUAAAAAUCAAUUUAAAUGACAGGUUGUAAUGCAACAAAAUAGGAAAAACGCCAAGGGGGAUGAAUACUUUUGCAAGGCACUGUAGGCCUCUCAAUUCCUGAAAGGAAAAGACUGACAGUAAAUCAUCACUCCCAAGAGCUACAUCAGUCAUCUCCCCACAGUAUUUGCUGCAAAUGAGAAAGGUUGAGGUACCAUAAUUUUCGGACUAUAAGCCGCGCCUUUUUUCAAAUUUUUCGACCCUGCGGCUUAUAUAACGGUGCGGCUAAUCUUUGGAUUUUUACAGCUAACGGCCACUAGAAGACCUCCUAAAUCUAUGGAUUUUACAGGUUACAGUCCACCAACUUUAACUCUUUGGGCUCUAUGACCGGUCCGCGCCCCCACCUUUAAACGGCGGGCUCCAUCAGGAAAAGCUGGAGGCCGGAAAAGAGUGAGACAGGUAGCGCGCAAAAGUAAAAGUGGAACCGAGAGUGGUACGAGAGACAGAACAAGAGACAGAAAGAGAGCAAGACAGACAGACAUUACGAGAGCGAGACAGUUUGUCUCUUUCCCGAUAAUCCCCUCUGUGCAUGAACCCUUACAUAUGGUAAUUAAACAUUAAAACACCUGCGGCUUAUAGUCCAGUGCGGCUUAUAUAUGUACACAUCAUUCAAUAUCAUUCAAUUUAGCUGCUGCGGCUUAUACUCCGGUGCGCCUUAUAGUGCGGAAAAUACGGUACAUACGUUAGCUUUGGGAAAAGUCUGGAAAUGGUCUGGAUUUUUAUGAAGCUUGCAAGCACCCUGAUAUUUUACGAAAUGAGUAAGGGAGUCACACUGUUCACAACCUCAGUAAGACACCAGUCUGAGUCAGAAGAUGAUGAGGAGACCAUUGUCAAAGGACUCAGGAUGUAUAAGGACAGAGAGGUAGAUUAUUAGAGAGAACAUUGACAUUCAGUACAUUUGAAUACUUAUUUUAUUAUACCCAUAAUUUAUACAAUUAUUUAUGAAUUCUCAGGAAAAAGGAUGAGCUGACUGAAUCUCAAACAGAAGAUGAAACUGGUAAUUUUGAGCCAGUUGGGAUUCCAUCUCCCACAAACUCAAACCUUGAUGUCUGUGAAGAUGUGCAGGGAACUGAAAGUCAAGGAAAAUAUGAAAUGGACAAUAUCACAGAUAAAGAUGUAAUUUCGAUGCAAAUGGAUCCCUCCUCAGAGCUGUCAGACAAUAGACUCACAGAUAUGGAUGCAGACACUGAAGAACAGAGUGAGACAGAGGAAGUAAAGGACGAGACAAGUGAUGUAUCCAAUAAAGGUAACAUGACAGGCGAAGAGAUGAAUGAAAGAGCUGCCAAAGAGGUAUGCAAGUCUGAACUUGAGCCCAGUGAGGACAUCUCACUCGGUGGACUUUCAAAUGUAGACGUAUGUGCUGAAGAACUGAGAAAGACUGAAGAGGGAGAAGAACAAACUUCUCAGGAAAUCAGCACUGGUGAUGAUGCAAUUCUUGGUAGCUCAAACGAAGAGAACCACAGUAGUGAAUUUGAACUUACUCAGGAAGUCUCAUUCACUGGACUUACCAAUGUAGAUGUAUGUGCUGAAGAACUGAGAGGGACAAAAGAGAGCGAGGAAGAAGGCACUGCAGAGGAUGGCCUCAGUGAAGGCUUCAAAGAUCAAGAUCUUGCUGAUGCUCAGGAGAGUUCAAUAUCGCUCAUGGUUGAAAUCAGUGGACCAUUAUCACCACAUUAUCAUCAAACUGAAUCCCCUGAACCUAUUCUACAGGAAACAACUGACAAUUCAGGGGGUGUUUCAGAAGAGGAAGGAAUAGAGAAUCUAAUUGUUUCCACAACAUAUACUGGGGAAACGCAUGAAGUUGCGCCCUCCAUUGAUGAUGCCUCCAGAAUCUUGUCAGAUGAUGAAAGUGUUUUAGGUGAUGAUGAAGAACAAAAGGAGGAAAGUCUAGUUCAGAUCAGCACUGAGGAGGUGCCUAAAACCCUUGAGGUCAAAAUGUAUGAACAGCAGCCAGAAGAGGAAGGUUCGGUCGAGGCUUCACAAACUGAGGCAGAACAACCAGAUGUUGUGUCUGAGGAUGCUGAGGAAGAAACAGGCCUUGUUGGACAUGAUACUCAAGACCUUGUUGAACCUAACACUGACAUCGAAGGGGAAGCGGAGGCAGUCACUGCUGAAGCUGAAGCUCAGAUAAAGGCAAUGGAGCAGGACGCUGCUGAUAUAGAAAUGGAACAAGAUUACAAAUCUGAUUCCAGUGAUUCAAGUGACGAGGAUGAGGAGAAACUGAGUAAGGUGAACGUCAGCACUCCUAAUCAGCAGGCCUCUGAAAUAGAGCAGAAACCAGAGGAUGAAACUGAUUAUGAGAACAAAGAUAUAAAUAAGAAGGAAAUGGGUGAAGACAUAUCUCAGCAGGAUUCUACUAAGAUAGAAAAUAAGCAAGAGAAUGAUGCUCCUCACAUCAAACAUGAUAACACGGAAAUGGGGGAAAAAUACAUUUCAAACACAUAUCAACAAGAUCCUUCAGCGAUACAGGGAGAAGCUGGUCAGGAGAACGAGGUUAGACCUGUAGAGCUGCAGCAAGAGGACGCUGGGAAAGAGACAGGGGACACAGCUGAGCAACAGGAGGAAACAGACGCAUUGGAGUACAGGGAAACUGAACUAAAAGGACUUGGCAAAGAGCACACAGUUACCCCAUUUCAGGACACAGAGCAAGCUGAUGACAACCCAGAGCACAUACCAGAGGGAGACAUAAAGGACAGCGUGGACAAGACUUAUGACAAGGUAAAGUUAAAGUGUUCUGAUGAUUUUUUAUGUACGGUACAGUCAUUUACCCACUAUCGUUCAGUAUUUUGUUUAUCCAUUGCAGGUUUUAUAUAAUGACACAGGUCAGUUUGGAGUGGUCAUAACGCCUAGAAAAGCUGUGUGUCAGCUACAUCUGACUGUCGUUGGGCAAAUCCAUGUAGCAAGCAGGCAUUUUGUUAUUGCAAAAUAUAGCACUUCGAUUAUACAGUGUACGUAUAAGUUUGGCAUACAGUAUAACCACACUUUUAAUGGAAACAUCUUCCCUAACAGACAGUAUAGGCAGUAUGCUAGUAGUAGCAGCUAAUGCAGACUAUUCACCUGGUUCAGAGAUGAACUCUAAAGAAAUGUGUCCUUUGCAGACUGCUCCCAUUCCUGUCCCAAGUAGCCUGUAUUAAAAAUAAACCCUUCAAGGACAUCUCUGAUCAACAACGCUGCUCUGUACCUCUCCACUCGGGGUCUCCAGAGAGAGGUGAUUGAAAAUGCCCCCAAAAUAGUUCCGCUUCCUCAUGAUGGCAUGUAGGGACUUGGAAUGUCAUCAUGAGGUACAUAAUCUACCAUUAAUCUUAAGCUGACACAUUUCAAGUAGCAAUCUUUUCAGACACAAAUCACUGUGUGUGGGUGUUAUGGUUGGGUGAUGUAAUUAUAGUAUUGUCUAUCGACAAUGAUUACAUAUACACUGAGUGUAUAAAACAUUAGGAACACCUUCCUAAUAUUGAGUUGCACCCCCUUUUGCCCUCAGAACAGCCACAAUGUGUCGGGGCAUGGACUCUACAAGGUGUCGAAAGCGUUCCACAGGGAUGCUGGCCCAAUGUCCUUUGGGUGGUGGACCAUUCUUGACACACACAGGAAACGGUUGAGUGUGAAAAACCCAGCAGCGUUGCAGUUCUUGACACACUAAAACCGGUGUGCCUGGCACCUACUACCAAUAUUUUGUAUUGCCCGUUCACCCUCUGAAUGGCACACAUACACAAUCCAUGUCUCAAUUGUCUCAAGGCUUAAAACUCAUUCUUUACCCUGUCUCCUCCCCUACACUGAUUGAAGUGAAUUUAACAGUGACAUCUAUAAGGGAUCAUAGCUUUCACCUGGAUUCACCUGGUCAGUCUAUGUCAUCAACCUGGUCUCAGAGCAUUUUGUAUUAUUCUGUAUGUAAAACCGAGACACUCCAUUAGUAUGAUGUUACGUUUCAUAUGGUAUGUAUAGAUUUGUGGAUGUCCAUCACCCAUUUCGUAUGAUAUGUUAUGAAUUAGAAUUCGUAUUAUAUGUUACGAAUUUGCAAAACAUACAAUAUGUUCACAAAUUUGUAAUACCUGCUCUAUGUUACGAAUUUGCAAAACGUAUGAUAUGUUACAAAUUCUAGCUAGGUGGCUAACGUUAGCUAGCUGGGUAACGUUAGCUAGGCUAGGGGUUAGGGGUUAGGGUUAAGAUUAGGGAUACGUUUAGGAGUUAGGUUAAAGGGUUAAGGUUAGGGGAAGGGUUAGCUAACGUGCUAACUACAGUGCAUUCGGAAAGUAUUCAGACCCCUUGACUUUUUCCACAUUUUGUUACGUUACAGCCUUAUUCUAUACAUGAUUGAAUUGUUUUUUCCCUCAUCAUUCUACACACAAUAUCCCAUAAUGACAAAGCAAAAACUGGUUUUUAGAAAUGUUUGCAAAUGUAUUUACAACAACUGAAAUAUCACAUUUACAUACGUUUUCAGACCCUUUACUCAGUACUUUGUUGAAGCACCUUUGGCAGCGAUUACAGCCUCAAGUCUUCUUGGGUAUGACGCUACAAGCUUAGCACACAUGUAUUUGGGGAGUUUCUCCCAUUCUUCUCUGCACAUCCUCUCAAGCUCUGUCAGGUUGGAUGGGGAACGUUGCUGCACAGCUAUUUUCAGGUCUCUCCAGAGAUGUUAGAUCGGGUUCAAGUCCGGACUCUUGCUGGGCCACUCAAGGAUAUUCAGAGACUUGUCCCGAAGCCACUCCUGCGUUGUCUUGGCUGUGUGCUUAGGGUUGUUGUCCUGUUGGAAGGUGAACCUUCGCCCCAGUCUGAGGUCCUGAGCGCUCUGGAGCAGGUUUUCAUCAAGGAUCUCUCUGUACUUUGCGCCGUUCGUCUUUACCUCGAUCCUGACUAGUCUCCCAGUCCCUGCCACUGAAAAACAUCCCCACAGCAUGAUGCUGCCACCACCAUGCUUCACCGUAGGGAUGGUGCCAGGUUUCCUCCAGACGUGACGCUUCGCAUAUAGGCCAAAGAGUUCAAUCUUGGUUUCAUCUUGUUUCUCAUGGUCUGAGGCCUUUAGGUGCCUUUUGUUAAACUCCAAGCGGGCUGUCAUGUGCCUUUUACUGAGGAGUGGCUUCCGUCUCGCCACUCUACCAUAAAGGCCUGAUUAGUGGAGUGCUGCAGAGAUGGUUGCCCUUCUGGAAGGUUCUCCCAUCUCCACAGAGGAACUCUGGAGCUCUGUCAGAGUUACCAUCGGGUUCUUGGUCACGUCCCUGACCAAGGCCCUUCUCCCCCGAUUGCUCAGUUUGGCCGGGCGGCCAGCUCUAGGAAGAGUCUUGGUGGUUCCAAACUUAUUCCAUUUAAGAAUGAUGGAGGCCACUGUGUUCUUGGACCUUCAAUGCUGCAGACAUUUUUGGGUACCCUUCCCCAUAUCUGUGCCUCGACACAAUCCUGUCUCUGAGCUCUACGGACAAUUCCUUCGGCCUCAUGGCUUGGUUUUUGCUCUGACAUGCACUGUCAACUGUCGGACCUUAUAUAGACAGGUGUGUGCCUUUCCAAAUCAUGUCCAAUCAAUUGAAUUUACCACAGGUGGACUCCAAUCUAGUUGUAGAAACAUCUCAAGGAUGAUCAAUGGAAAUAGGAUGCACCUGAGCUCAAUUUCGAGUCUCAUAGCAAAAGGUCUGAAUACUUGUGUAAAUAAGGUAUUUCUGCUUUUUAGUUUGAAUACAUUUGCAAUAAAUCUAUAAACCUGUUUUCGCUUUUUCAUUAUGGGGUGUUGUGUGUAGAUUUAUGAGAAAAAAUCUAUUUCAUAAAUUUUAGAAUAAGGCUGUAACGUAACAAAAUGUGGAAAAAGUCAAGGGGUCUGAAUACUUUCUGAAUGAACUGUAGUUGCAAAGUAGCUAUUAAAUGGGAGUAAGUAGUGGAAAGUUGCUAAUUAGCUAAUGCUAAAGUUGUCCGUGAUGAUAUUUGAACUUGCAACCUUUGGGUUCGCGUUAUACAAUUCACCCCAACCAACUUUUGUUUUUGCCUUAAGUGCCCAUCUGUCUUAUGUAACCAUACCAAACGUAACAUAUGAUACUAAUUUGAUUGUCCCUGAUAUACAUUUACUAUCUUACGUCUAGUCUAGGAGACCAGGCUGAUGUCAUGGAAAGAGCAGGUGUUCCUAAUGUUUUUUACACUCGGUGUAUAUCACGGACACACCUUAGAUAACAGACACUCCUUAACUAUCUUGUGUCUAGCUGUUUUAAAAAACAGGUUAUAUUCCCUAUUCUUUCCAUUCGAUAGGCUAUGAAUAUGAUUUUGGGCUAGGCUACGCUCUCAUCAUUUUUUGAUGGCAUGGCUUUCUCCCGAUCAAAAAAAUGAAUGAAUCUAACAGAGUUCCAUCUCUUAAAGUUGUUUGUAUAGCCUUUAAACGCAAGGUAGCCAGGUGACUAAUAAUGAGAGAGAACAAACAAUAUCAAUAGCCUAUAGAAAAAUCGAAUGACAAGUUUAAUCAAGUUUAAUCUUAUUAAGAAAUAAAUUAUUCGUGCGGGGGCGGAAAAAGCUGCAAUAAUCUAGCCUCUGACUAGGCCUAUCAUAAAAUCUUUAAGACAAGUUAAAGUUAUGAACAGUAGCUUAUUUCCCAAAUAUUCUAAUAGCCUAAGAAGGUGUUGUCCUAAAGUUGCCACUUUCAGAAAGAACAAUAAUGAAAGUCGGAGUCUAUAGGCCUAGUCAUAGACUGUUCUCUAUCACAGCUUUAUGAGAGAUUGAACAAACAAUAUUAAGAGAGGAGGAUAAGGCAUAUUAAACAAUUACUAUCCAGUUCUGAAAAAUGUAGACUUUGCUUCUAUCCAGCCCAUGAUUUAUAACUUAACGGCAAGACAGCCCGUUCCUCAUCAGUUGCAGCUGUCAACUUUGCUCCGACAUGUGCGCACCACACAGACACAGACACACACAAACCUGUUCCAUGCUGAAGCUUCACCAGAAAGGAAUAUUAGAAAAGAUUUGCCUGCACUUAGCCUCUGGGUUUCAACAACAUUAGGCCUAUCUUUCGUCAUGAUUCGUCCAGUUGUAGCAUGCGAUUUCUUGCUAUAGCCCAAUGGUGGUUUGACAUCAUCCAACCCUAGUGCGUGUGUUUGUUUGUGCAUAGCCUAAUAUAUUUGAUCAGAAUUUUCAGUGCCAAGUUCUGUUUGCUCUUGGUAAUUCCAGUCUAAACGAUCAAUGAGCCCUAAACAAGAUUUCUGAGCUAAUGUGAAUUGCAUGAUUUGGACUAUUCCCACUGGGCACAGACAUCAAUUCAACGUCUAUUCCACUUUGGUUCAACGUAAUUUAACAUUUACAUUUACAUCAUUUAGCAGACGCUCUUAUCCAGAGCGACUUACAAUUUAAUUGAAAUGACAUGGAAACAAUGUUGAUUCAACCAAUGUGUGCCCAUUGGGUUGUCACCAAUAACCCAUUUGAUAUCUUUGGGCCGAUGUGGUCUUAGGCUGGUAGGUAGGGAGAGUAGGAUUUAGAGGGAUGUUACCAUGGAAACUUGCACCAUCCAUUUCCCCUCUUGGUCUUAUCAGGGAAAGUCUGGAAGAUGGAGAUGCACAUGAUGAACUACCAGCAGAUAGCUUGUGCAUAUGGCUUGUGGGCUUGUGGCAAAAAAACGGAGAAAAGGGAGACCAGUUAUUUUUUAUUCAUUAGAAGAUUUGUAUUUUGCAACUUUAUUUAUCUGCAUCAUAUCCAUCCCCUCUCUCUUUCUCGUCUUUAAAUGUAGGCCAUCUACUCUGACCUAUACCAAAUGUCUUGUCCAGUGAUUCUGUCCACCUUUCUGCUCUUCUAUAUUCCCAGGGACAUUGUGACUGAUCUCUAUCCGUAGGUAAAGUGCAGUUUAGUCACUUUGUACUGUACUCAUCCUUAAGUUGGUUUUGAUAGAUUAACAAGGUGACAAUUAAUGAUUCACCCGUAGGGAAAGUCAAACAUACACUUGUUGCAUGUCCCAGAAACACACAUACACAUCACAACCCAAACCAAAGAGAAUCGUACAUUUCUAAUUGAUAACAUUGAUAACAACAGACCAUAAGAAAUGAUCUUAUCUCGAAGCUGAAACGAAGCAUGACCAGAUGGGUUUUUGAAAGAUAAUAUAUUGACAUAAUGGGAUGAAACAGGGGAGGCAGUCAUGUCAGACAGGAACACAGACAAAUGGAUGUGUUUGCUGUUUCUCCCUCUCCUCCCUGUCUCAGAGGCAAUGAGCGGGGGCGCUGGUGGCAGCUGGGAUCUGAACGAUGGAAAGGGUUUUUUGUUCUCUCUCUAAUUGUGUACAACUGAGCAAUAAUUUAGUAACCAGUACUACAUGAACAUGUCUGUACAUUGUGUGCAUGGUUUCUCUUGGGUUUUCCAGUUACGUGAAUGAAGUAUGUAUGUGGUACAGAAUGUGGCAUGUGCCAAAUGGGACAGUAUGUGGCAUGUGCCAAAUGGGACAGUAUGUGGCAUGUGCCAAAUGGCCAGACACCAUGGGUUAAAGUGGACUUUACGGUGUCAUAACUUACAAUUAUCACUUAAAAUAUUUUUUGCAAUGUCUGAGACCCUUAGUUGUUGACUUUGUCAUAUACUGUACUUUGAGGUCAGGUAAGUCUUUGGAGUGAGGGGUACAGUAGGUCUGUGGUAGGUCUGUGGGAGCACAGCAGGUUAUCAACCUUAAUGAGACCACAUGGUUUGUGUGCUUGCAGGAGGUUGUAUCGCACUCUCUCUUUCUCUCUCCCACCCGCUCUCUCACACACUCUAUGCAAGCGUAUACUAGUGAGCAUAAAGUGUCUGUUAGCGGGAACGAGACGUCUCUAGUGGAGACACAAGAUAAAUCUUUCUCGGUCAACACUGAGUAUAGGCAAAAGGCAUUUUAGGUCAGUUCAUCCGAAGACUGUCAUCUCUCAGAUUGCUCAUCAUGGACUGCCACAUUGUGAGUAUAUGCUUGAAAUUAAUUGUGUUGUGGAAUGUAUUGAACUAAUGUCUAACAAGUAACUAUAAAAAACGAUUCCUUCGUUACAGCUUUUUAUCAGAAUUACAGCUUUUUUAUAUCAUUCUAAUUGGGUAGUGGAUUUAGUAAAAUGCUUUUAUAUAUGUGUUGACAGAGCUUUAUAUUUUUGGAACCCUCAGAAAAUCAUUUGUUUCCUUGUUAUGGUCUUUUGGCUUGCUUGUUUCAUUGAGACUCCAGCUGUCUGAUCUACCAGGUGUCCACUGCACCUGCUUCAGCUUUCACAAAACAACUUUCUGCCAAAUUAGUCCUAUAUUAUUUGCAUAUGGAUUGGUUGAAAUGCUUUAAAUUGAUACUUUAUGAAUAUCUAUGGUGGAGUGAUAUUGAUAGCCGUAAAGACUAUAGGUUGUUAAAAGUAUGAGUAUGUCUCUUUUUUUCAUUGAUUGUAAGUCAUUUGAGUUUAUUGAGAUGACACAUUUAGAGCCUACUGUAGAUUAACCCCUUGAAGAGCUAGAAAAACCUCACGCCGGAAUUAAAAACACUCCUGUCUUUCUGCUGCUGUAAGAUAUGCGAAUGUUGGCAUCCUACUCAGCUGUUAGAGCUAAGCUAAUGAAUGCUAGCUGUAAUGCUAUCUGUAAAAGUGGGUGGUCACACUCCCACACUAAGGGGUUUCACUGAGGACACACUCAAAUACAUCUCCUUACAGUGCAGUGGGCUGUCCUUGUGUCGCCGAUGCACCAAAUUGUUAAGAGGGGAUGAGCAACUGGUGGGAUGCAGCGGACGUGUUUGGAUGAUUGCUGACAACUAUGUCACUGUUCUGUAACCACUUGUGAAUAAGGAGAUUUCUACCUCAGCCACCUACCCACCACUCACCAAACCAGCUUUGUGUAUUCUGCCAGUAAUAAGCUACAUGGUGUACAAUGGUGCUGUCUUUGUGUUAUGAGAGUGUCAGAGAGUCUGACAGAUCUAAAGUUGAAUUCCCUUUAUGUUCUUCUCACUUUUGAUGGACAGUCUGACUGACAGUCAACUUUUGAAAUCGUGAAUCACUUUGAAACCCACAGGAGCAGAGAAACAUAUUUCCUUUCUGUGCAUGGUGUUGAGUGUCAGUUUAAGCAAUUUGGAAACAUUGUUUACAUAGCAGUUACCCCGUUCCAGCUUAGCAAUGGCAGAAGUUCAGGCAACUCCAGGAAAGAUAGAGCUUCUGUCCGUAGAGUUACAGUGUGAUUUAAGGGCUUUGGAGACUCUUAAGCCCUUGGACCCUUUAGGACCCUGAGGAUGCAAUUAAGGAGGAUAUUUCACUAUAAUUGACAACCACAGACCGCCUGAUAUCCACAGGUGUUGUCUUAAGGUGGAUUUAGUCAUUUUGGGCCCCUAGGCAGAGGUUAAUCUGGGGCCCCUCCUCAUGCGACAUUACCUCAACCAAGCCCCCUCUCAAUCACCUAACUUAUCAGAUAUACUUGUCCUCCUAUAGGAAGAAUGCAGCCAACCCCAGGAGGAGGAGGACAUCAUGGACAUACCUCUGGACGACCCCGAGGCCAACAAGGCAGCUGCAAAGAUCCAGGCUGGCUUCCGCGGUCACAUGACCAGGAAGAAGAUUAAGCCUGCUGACAAGCCUGAGGGGGAUGGGGAUGAGGAGGUGAGCAGCAGUGGUGAGGCCCUCAAUGGCAACCAGGGGGACACAGGUCAGUGACUCUAGUGUCCCCUGACACACACAGAGACACACACGUAGACCCAAACCGGUUUAGACUGGUAUUAGCCUUGAUAUCCCCAUCAGGACUAUCAGGACUAAUCUGGUAUAGGGCUAUGUCAUCAGUAACAGUUAUACACAAAUUAUUGCAGUGUAUUUUCAGCUAGUAACUUUCACUUUGGACAUUGGCUGACAAACCAAUUAUGGAUCUGAUGCUUGUGGCCCUGACAUCCCCUACAUCUUGUACAUCCAGAUUUGCACACUAUUAACAGAGCAACAGGGCGACCAUUUUGUGUCCAUAACAAUAUUAAAUGCAUUUAUUGAUCUGUUUUCAACAUCAAAUUCAUACAUUGUAUGCAUAAUACAGGGACACAUGAAGGACCACCAUUUAACACUGCUUGAAAGCAAUUUAUACAUUAUUAACUAGGUCUAUUAAAGGCCCCUAAUUAGUUAUUUCAAUGUAAGUAAUGUGACACACUCCGUCCAAUUCUUUAAUCACUCCAUAAAGGCUGCAGUGCCUGAUUGAAAUCUACAAUUAAUGUCUUUAUGAGGUGAUUAUUAAUGAAUACUCCAUUAGUUAUGUUGUGAAAUAGAUGGAUGCAUUCUAAUGAGAAAUGUUGAUCACAACUCAGACGUGUGAGAGGGUGUCGGUGCCCAGAACCAUGAAAAAUAUGAUCUAGAUGUUCUGAGAUAGUGUUCAAAUAUAAAGUGAAUGACAUGCUUUUCUAUCUAAUCAACACCUUUUGGGGUGAAAAUAUAUUUAGGGCAAAACUGUACAAUUUGCACAAAUAAAUGUUGAAGUGGUUUGACUGAUAUUUUCAUAGUUGAGCUCCAGUACAUUUUUUGUCAGUUUCUGUUUAUACAUAACAGCUACUGAAAUGUGAGUUUUUUGGUCGGUGACUGAAGCCUAGAGAAUACUUCCAGGAAUCAGUAAGUGUACAUUGCAGCUUAUUUUGUAUUUUUUACUUACAGCACAUAUUAUGCAAACAGGCAACCACCACUUCACUGGUUUGUCCUUUGUUUAAUAAAAAAUGGGACAGGACAUUGUGGUGCGUUUACAGUGUUUAUUGUGUCUGUUCUAUUUGUUGGUGUUCAUUUUUGUGUUGAGUGUGUGAAAAAAUGGGACAGGGGUUAGAAUAUGUUCCAGGUCCAGUUGUUUCACCUCUACAGUACUUGAAUCGUGUUUAGCCCCAUCCUUGAGAAAAACCAAUAAACGACUUUCCAAUUUAAGCCUUCUCUGAGCGUCACCAACCCCCAACCCAGUUCUUGGUUGCCAAGCAUCUUUAUGUAGCAGUGUUAUUUUUAUCACCAGGUGCCUUAUACCUCUGAGACACAGUAGAAUUAAUGUUCCUUGUCGUAGAGGCAUGGGCCCGCUAAAUCUCUCCCUCCUGGAGUAGCCUCUGCUUUUCACUUGGUUUAUUGGUAACACUUCCAAUGAAUACAGUCUUUAUAAUGCAUUGUAAGCUCAUUUAUAACACCAAAUGAGCUAUUCAUAAUGCAUUCAUUAUAAGGAGGGUAUUCAUAUGAAGUUUUUGACCAGGAUUAAUAAAACCAAUCAAAUCAUUACAGUAUGUUUUCAGUACUAUCAUGCUUAUCACAACCUUUUGUGAGAAAUCUCAAUCUUGCACCUGUCAUUAUAGCCUUGCUGCUGUUGGGUGUCAACAUCACUAUGGAGUGUGAGUGAAUAAUGGCAACAUGAAUUCAUCAUUCCAUCUGCAGUGCUAAAAUCUACUUCUUCUUCGUCUGUUUUUAGAAUCAGGAGGAUCAGAGGGAGUAGAGAGAGAUGACACAUCUGUGCCGGAACAGUGA